AUGAACGUCACCCAGGUGUUGGAGGGCACCCUGUCGCCUGGUGCUGAGCAACAGCUGCUUCACGCUGCCGAAGUUGACUUCCCAGCAUACCUUACCACGCUCUCGGACGCCCUUGCAAACCAGGGAACCCCCAGUGCCAUCCGUAUUGCGGCUGGCCUCGCCCUCAAAAACUCCCUCACAUUCCGAGAUGUCACCAGGCUGCGAGAAGUGCAAGUCCGAUGGGCUCAGCAAGUCCCGCAACAAACAAAGGCGCAAGUGAAGGCGCUCUCAUUGCAAACAUUAAACUCCGAUGAUGUUCGUGCCGGCCAGUCAGCCGCACAAGUUAUCACAUCCAUCGCUACCAUCGAACUCCCCCGAAACGAAUGGCCGGAGUUGAUGCAGACGUUGGUGCAGAAUGUCGGAAGCGGAUCAAAUUCUCUGAAACAGUCGUCGUUGGCAACACUAGGCUUCAUCUGCGAGGAGAGGGAUGCUGAUAUGCGUACUGCCUUGGCUUCGCACUCCAACGCGAUCUUGACAGCUGUCGUUCAGGGCGCCCGACGCGACGAACCAAAUGCCGAUGUUCGAAAUGCCGCCCUGCAGGCUCUCGCUGACGCCACUGAUUUUAUUGGCAGCAACAUGGGCAAUGAAGGAGAGCGGAAUUAUAUUAUGCAGGUGGUCUGUGAAGCCACUCAAGCCGAUGAUACGCGAAUCCAGGCAGGUGCCUUCGGCUGCCUGAACCGUAUCAUGGCUAGCUACUACGAUAAAAUGCGUUUCUACAUGGAGAAGGCUCUCUUCGGUCUUACGAUUAUGGGUAUGAGGCAUGAAGAGGAAGAAGUCGCCAAGCUUGCAAUUGAAUUCUGGUGUACGGUGUGCGAGGAAGAAAUUACUAUCGAGGAUGAUAAUGCUGCCGCUACGGACUCCACGAUGUUCCGACCAUUUUUCAACUUUGCCAGAAUUGCCUGCCGAGAAGUCGUCCCCGUUCUUCUUCAGAUCAUGACAAAACAGGACGAGGACGCCACUGACGAGGAAUACAACGUUUCGCGUGCUGCUUAUCAAGCUCUGCAACUUUACGCGCAGUGCGUACAGGGUGACAUCAUUCAGCCAGUUCUUACCUUCGUCGAGGACAAUAUUAAGAGCGAUGACUGGCAUAACCGGGAUGCUGCUGUCGCUUCCUUUGGUGCUAUCAUGGAUGGCCCUGAGAUCGAAGUCCUGGAACCACUUGUGAAGCAGGCUCUCCCUGUGCUCCUCAGUAUGAUGGAAGAUCAAUCAGUGGUCGUUCGUGACUCAACGGCUUUUGCCCUUGGCAAAAUCUGCGAGGCCUGCCCUUCUGGAUUGGACCAGGAUGUUCAUCUUCAGCCUCUGAUCUCCGCUUUAUUCAAUGGCUUGGCAAGCACCCCCAAGAUUGCUGGCUCUUGCUGCUGGGCUCUCAUUAAUAUUGCCGAAAACUUCUCACUCCAAGGCGAUGGCCAGACCAACCCAUUGUCGAAACAUUUCCAAGACAGUGUCAAAUCUUUACUGGCCCUCACUGAACGACAUGAUGCGGAUAAUCAGCUUCGAACUGCUGCGUACGAAGUUCUCAACUCAUGGGUUACUAAUUCAGCCAAUGAUAGCCUUCAAAUGGUUGCCAGUCUCUCUGAUAUCGUCCUUCAACGUCUUGAGCAGACCGUGCCUCUCCAACAACAAGUCGUUAGCGUCGAAGACCGAAUUGCUUUGGAAGAAAUGCAGACCAGCUUGACUGCCGUCCUGCUAGCCAUUAUCCAACGUCUAGAAGGCGAGAUUAAACCCCAAGCGGACCGCAUUAUGCACGUCCUACUCCAGGUUCUGUCAACCCUACCUCCCAAGUCCAGUGUUCCUGACAUUGUCUUUGCUACUGUCGGUGCUGUUUCAAGCGCUUUGGAGGAAGACUUCCUCAAAUAUAUGGAGCCCUUCGCGCCAUUCCUCUACAAGGCUCUUCAGAACCACGAAGAACCUGGUCUAUGUGCAAUUGGAGUCGGCCUGGUUGGUGACAUUACUCGUGCGUUGAACGAGAAAGUCCAACCUUUCUGCGACACCUUCAUGAAUCAAAUGCUUAGCAUCUUGACUAACAGUGGUCUCCGGGACACACUCAAACCCGCUGUCCUCGUUACCUUUGGGGAUAUUGCACAGGCUAUUGGCACACACUUCCAGACUUAUCUGUCCGUUGUCGCCCAAGUUCUUCAACAGGCUGCCAGCGUUACACUAGCCAACGACGUUGAUGCUGACACCGUGCAAUAUGUCAUCUCUCUCCGUGAAGGUAUCAUGGAUGCCUGGGGUGGUAUCCUACUGGCGUACAAGGGUACUCCUCAGAUUGCUGCUCUUCAGCCUUACGUGGAGUCCAUCUUCCAGCUCCUCCAUAUUGUCUCUCAAGAGCCACACCGGAGCGAAGGUCUUAUGCGGUCUACCAUGGGAGUUCUUGGUGACAUUGCGGACUCUUUCCCCAACGGCGAGUUUGCCGCUUUCUUCCGCAACGAUUGGGUUACAUCCUUCGUUCGUGAAGUUCGCACAAGCCCGCAUUACGCUACACGCACCCUUGACACCGCUCGAUGGGCACGUGAGCAAGUCAAACGUCAGAUUAACCUGGCAACUGCUGCUGCUAUGUCUUGA